UCAAACUAAGCGUCAGGCAAGUUCAAUUUCAAGGAAUUGUGUGGACUACAACAUGUAGGGAAUUUAGAUAUGUCACUUAGAAAUAUUCUUUAGCUUAGCUCUAUUCUUGAUGGAAGAAGCAUUAGAAACAUGUCCAUUUUUGCACUGAUAUCAAAACAGUAUACAAAAUACAACUGAUUAUCUUGUUGGUUCCGAGUAACGUCAACAAAGUGACGCGCUUAGUCGCGCGGCGUUAGGGCGAGCCUCUGAUUUCUGUUCGGGUGCAUUCUACGAACUUGUACUACGACUAGUGGUAGUGAUGGCUACCGCUGUUCUAUUUCUGGAAAAUUGAAGUUCACCAGAACAGCUUGAAGGCGACUGAAUACUUUCUGGCUUAUCAACGGUAUCUAAUACCAAGGCAAACUCAGAGGUUCUAAACAAAGAUGACACCAUGCUGCACUGACUGAUGUAAUGAAGGGCUCUGCUUAAAAGUACUGAACUACCUGAAUCAUGGUAAACAUUCUUGGGCUGUGUACCAGACACCAGCUGCUGUUUUUUUUCCUUUACUUCAUUGAAUCAAGAGGAGCAUGGCAAGAUGGUGUCAAGCCCAAAGUCAUUCCAAAACUCCAGGAGCAUAAAGUGGACAGAUUUCCAGGGAACCAAACACACAGUGACCAUUUCAAGUUGUUGGAGAGGGAUGGCAAUUAUCUUCUGGUGGGAGCAAAGUAAAAACAUCGUAUAUAACAUCAGCUUAGCAACUUUACAAGAAAAGAAGCGGCUUGAGUGGUACUCAUCUGAUGAUGAUAUCCAUGUGUGCAGAGUGAAAGGAAAGUCAGAGGAGGAAUGUCAAAAUUACAUUAGAGUUCUUGCCUUGAAGUCCAAUAAUGUGCUUUUUGUGUGUGGGACAAAUGCGUACAAACCAGUUUGUCGAGAUUACAAUCAAACAGAGAAUGAGUACAAAUAUGGAGAGGAGCAGACUGGAGAGGGAUUAUGCCCAUAUGAUCCAAAUCACAACAGUACAGCAGUUUUUGCAGGACCUGUUAACCACAGGACAGAUGGAGACCUUUAUGUGGCUACUGUUGCCCAGUUCUCUGGGGCCGAUCCUCUGAUAUAUAGGAAACCUCUACGGACAGAACAGUUCAACUUAAAACAUCUAAACUCACCAAACUUCGUGAACUCUCUUCACCAUGAAGAUCAUGUGUACUUCUUCUUCAGAGAAACGGCUGUAGAAUACAUCAACUGUGGCAAGACUGUCUACUCUCGGGUUGCCCGAGUCUGCACCAAAGAUAAAGGAGGCCCACAUAAAUAUCGUAACCGAUGGACAUCCUUUUUGAAGGCCAGGCUUAACUGUUCAGUUUCUGGAGAAUUUCCUUUUUACUUUAAUGAAAUUCAAUCAACAAGUAACAUUAUUGAAGGCAUCUAUCGUGGGAAAAAAUCUGAAAUAAUAUAUGGAGUUUUUACAACUCCAGUGAACAGCAUCAGUGGCUCAGCAGUGUGUGCUUUUUCUAUAAAGCAAAUUUUGGAAACUUUUGAUGGAUCAUUUAAAUGGCAGGAGGAUAUCAAUUCCAAUUGGCUGUCAUUUCCAAACUCAAAAGUUCCUGAGCCUCGUCCAGGACAGUGUGUGAAUGACUCCAGAACUUUACCAGAAAUGACACUGAAUUUCAUCAAAGACCACACUUUGAUGGAUAAGGCAGUUCCUUCUUUCUGGAAUCAACCAUUGAUUCUUCAUACUGGCUUUGGGUAUCGAUACACUUACAUAACUGUGGAUCCACAGAUAGAAACAGUUGAUGGCAAUAGAUAUGAUGUACUUUUCAUAGGAACAGAUAAUGGAAAAGUAAUCAAGGUUGUCAAUGCUGCCAGUGCAUCAGGUGAUGGUAAGGUGGUUCCAGUAAUUAUUGAAGAGGUUACUGUGUUCCAGAAUGGAGCUCCUAUCACUAGUUUGUUGGUAUAUAACUCUGCUUUCCAAUUCAAACUGGUUGUGGUUUCUCAAGAUGAAAUAUACUCCAUUCCACUACAUGAUUGUGAACGUUACGCAAGCACUUGCAGUGAUUGCGUAGGCUUACAGGAUCCAUAUUGUGCAUGGGAUGAGAGUCGUCAACGUUGCACCAAUGCAGGACCAAGGGGAUGGAUUAGAGGAAAAUUUGUCCAGAAUGUAUCUCAUGGUUGGGACGAAAAGUGCCCUGAGACAGAGUUAGGGACUGAAACAACCCCUACUACCACCAGUGCCCCUACAUGUCCUCCUUGUCCCUUAGAAUGUGCCUGUCCUUCAACAGAGGGGGCAAGGAAUGUUACUGAGCAUGAACCUGAACGGCCUCCCAGCUCUGACAGUUCUCCUGGUGGUUCAUAUUCACAUCAUCAGGCUAGUCGACACGACGGAGAUAAAGAAGCAGAUGUAGUAUCAACUGUAGACAGCCAACUCGGUGAUAAUGGAGCACUCGCUGGAGCAUCAACUGGUUAUAUGGAUAUGUAUAGUGCUGAGACAUUGGCUAUUGCAGUAACAACUAGUAUUGUCACUUCACUGGUUGUUGGCUUCAUUAGUGGCUACAUCUUCAGUCGAAGAUGCAGAAAUGAAGAAGUGGACUCCCCCUAUGAUGAUGGUCACUACCUGGAUCAGCGACACAGAGGUGGACCCUUAUGUCAGGAACCCACUCAUCUGAAUCAUGGAGAGGGUUUCCUUUCUCCUGGAACCAACAAUAAACCCAUCAACUUGGUCCUUAAUGUUCCACCAAAAAACGGGAAUGGAAAGAAUGCUAACAGCUCUGCAGACAAUAAACCAGCACAGAAAGUGAAGAAAAUUUAUCUGUAAAGCCAAUUUUUUCAUAUGUACAGUGAAACAUUCCAUUUGUUGGCUUCUGCUUUAUCUAAGACAACAUAAUUGUGUCUUUGUGAUUUAUCAUGUCUGAUCAAAAGAUAUGCUGGUACACCAGAAACUGAGUCUUUUUGUCAGAGCAUCAGGGCUUGUGAAUAACAAUAUAAAAUGUUCUGAUAAGAAGACUUCUUACUGUACUAAGGGCAUUUUCGUGUUCAAGGAAUGGAUAUCUGUAACAAAACUGGAGUUCAGAAGAACAGGACAUUUACCUUUAAACUCAGACAAGAGAACUUAUGUGUGUGCUGCCUUUGAAGUUGAUUAGGACUGAUAAAUCACCCCUGCUAUUCGCUUCUGUCUGUGCUAAGUACAUUCUGUUAUGCUUAGCAUUUAUCAUCUGAUUAAUCUUUGUAAUUAUGUAGAAAAUGUCCACGAGAUUUUGAAUUAUACAUCUUUGUGCAUACAAUGCAUGACUGUUGAAGUCUUUCCAUUCACCUGAUUAUUAUGUAGUAUCAUUAUUUAAGAAACAGGUUAGUUACAGAGAUCUCAAACCUAAGAAGUAAAACUUCUAGUAAUAAAACAAAAUUCACAAUUGAUACAAAAUACCAAUUAAGAUGGUUAAACAAGUAUGUAAUGCAUUGGAAGAUAUACAGUCUAGUGCCAUCUAUGCACAGAGCAGUAUACAUGAUUUGACAGUCUGUAACUUUUUUCACAGAAAGUUGUGAAUUACGGAUAUGUUACUUUCAAGUAUACAAUUCCACAGUCUUAUUGAAAUAAUGUGAUUGUUGCCUGAUAGAUAACUAAAGUGUAUUGAAAAUAUACUUUGAAAAAUUUCACACUUUUUAAUGUGCUUAAAAAAAAAAGAUUAUGAGCAGCUCAUAACAUUUGCUGAGCAACGAAGUUUAUGUAUAUAUUGUGGUAACUAAGAUCCUACUAAGAGUUCACUUCAUGUGGUAAUUAGUAGUAGACACUUGAAACAGUUAUCAAAAUAAGACUGCUGGUUACAAAACCUUUAGAUUUGUAAAACUAUUCGGUAGUUUAUCGAUGGUAAAGCGGCUACGGGCCUAGACAAGAUAGUUUUCAGUUUUGUUUGUCAGUCAAUAUAAAUAUUAUAAUUUGGUUCUGGUGCUGUAGAAUAUCCUUUAUAUUUGCACAGAAAGUGGCACUUCUUGUUUCGGAAAUAUCAUUAUUACCAAAUGUAUAUAGCUAUUUGUGCUGGUUUGAAUUCCACUUGUAAAACUUCAUCUUUCAAGAAGACUGCGGUUUAUUCGCAUUGUUAUCAAUCCCUGCAUUCCUAGCUAAGAUAUUUCAUGCAAGCUUGUAUUGUUGUAAUUUUGUGUUUUCUCUCUCAUUUUUGGUUUCAUGUAAAUCAUGUUGUAAAAUUAAUUUUUACAAUAUUUAUUAUCUUGUUUAAGAACUCUUUCAAGGCAUGAAACAAAACAAAUAUGUUAGAACUCAUUAAAAACUCUGACUGUAGUCAACUUUUUGUGUUUCAACUAUAAGAAAAUGUAGUGAAUCCUUAAAUGAAUAGGACCAUAGUAUUUUGGAGUUAAAAAUACAUGGUAAGGUUACGUUACUGAGACAUACAAGUACAUGAUAGGGUCACAGUAUUUUAAGAUUUAAAACUACAUGUAAGGUUACAUUAUUUUAGAGCUAAAAUCACAUGAUAGGGGUCACAGUACUGUAGUGUUAAAACAACAUGGUAAGGUCACAGUAUUUUAGAGUUAAAAUUACAUGGUAGUGUUACAGUAUUGUAGAUAUAAACUAUUUGGUGAAGUCAUUCACUAAAUUUGACUAUCCACUGAUAUUGACAAAAUAUGUAAGAAAAUUAGUCUGCUUGUAGCAUAAUUCUCUUACAGGCAUUAGUUUGGCCUGUCUCUAGUUGUCAUGCAGAGUUUUCAACACCCAUAAGGCCAUUAUGUACAGAUGACGGUGUGAAUUUUCGGGUGUACCCGUGUUCCCGUCCAUUCCACAUUACUUGCAUUUCUCAUUUUCUAACAUGUAAUAGUUUUGGGAUGAUUAAGAAUGCUAAUAGGCUGUUGACACAGCUUCAGUUGACAUGUAACUGACUAUUCUGUAAUUGGCUUGUUCAUCCCUUAGUGAAACUGUUGACACAGCUUCAGUUGACAUGUAACUGAUUAUUCUGUAAUUGGCUUGUUCAUCCUUUAGUGAAACUGUUGACACAGCUUCAGUUGAUGUACAAAUGACUGACACUGGCUUCUGUACUCGACUAGAUCAUCCCUCAGUAACCCAAGUAUAGUUCUGGUUGUUUUUUGUACAGGAAGAAUGUACACAUAAAAAUCUCUGUAACCUGAAGGAUUUGUUCACCAUCAACUUAAAACUAUGCUAUGUAUUCAUAUGCUAGCAAUGUUGCUGUUACUUAUAGCACCAUUUUUAUUUUUAUCUUCCAUCACGCUUUAUCGAAGUUUUUAUUUUUGUUACUGUUUAAUUACUUGUACAGUUUUUGUGAAAUUAUAUAUGUUGUUUUAUGUCUGUGGGUGUAGGUAUACAUUCACUGUUGUACCAAAGAUGGCUUAUUUGUUGUGCUUGUAGUGUUGCCUCGUAAAGUUUAUAAGUCACUUACUAGGGAAAUUUUGGUUCAAUUUCUUAUUCCAUGGAAUCAACAGAAGAAUCGUGAGGGAAAUAGGUGGAUAUUGCAUUGAAACACUAAAUACAUUUUUCCACUCCAAGUGAUGUUUGCUUAACAUACUUGUGAGAAGCUCAUUGAUUCUUCAGAUUCGACUUUUGAUGCAUUAUAAAUUAUGUUCUGGCAUACUUUAUAAUCUUAUAGAAAAAAAAAACAGGUAUCUUUGUGUAAGGAUAGGACUUGGAAAGCUAUUUGUGUCUGAGGAAUUUGAGAUUCUAAAGUUAUUCAGAACUGGAUGAAUGAAAAAAUACUAGUGUUUCAAAUAACUUCCAUUUUUCAGGCACAUAUAAAAAUAAUAUUUAGAUGUGAACUUUUACCAAAUGUUUUUUUAAUAGUUUGGUGUAUUUAAACAUAGAAAGUUUUUGUUCUCUUGUUAUAGCUGGCAGUUUAAUCUCUUGUACUGUGUAGAACAAAUUUUCUAUUGUUCUAGAGAUGUUUGCUUCCACAAACUUUGUUGAUGGUUGCAUCAUCCAAUCUCACAAACUCCAUUAGACCAUCGGGACCACUGAUUAAAAAAGUGGGACAAAAUAUCUUCAUAUUCAAGAGAGAGAGAAAAAAAAACAGUUUUAUAAUAGAAUUUUAAACUUAUCCACCUUAUACUGAAUCAAUACCAUUGUCUUUAAGCUCUUCUCAAAUUUUUAACUAGACUUGUGAAAAGAUAUUCCUGUUUUUAGAUUAUUGAAACCCUCUUUGAAGACAAAGUAAUAGAUUAUCCCAGUUAAUGGCGUACAUUGCUAUAUUUUCUGUCGAGCAUAAUUUCAGAGAUCCCUAUGCCAUCUCAGUUCUUAACAUUGUUUUGAUAUGUACCAGACUCUCCACUUGUGAAGUUCAUAAUGCCUGGGUUAUUUAUAUCCAGACAGGUUUGAAAUUACUAAGUACCAGAGUAGGCAGGUGCUUAUGAGUUCAUGGGCUCACUGUAACGGCCACUUCAGAUAAUUGUUUAAGUUGGAAACUGUAGUAUUUUAAAAGCACUAGUUGUCUUGCUGGAUCAAUUAAAAAAUAAAUAAGGGCUCAAUGGGCCCACUAUGGUCUUCAUCCGGCUCUAAUAACAUGUCAACUGGUCAAGUUCUUAAUACCCUUGUUAUGCAUUAUGAAUUUUUAGACUCCGUGUGAAUACGUUGCUGGUUUUAACUAAACCAAAAUUAAGGUUUAUAAGCAAUAGUUUGUAACAAAGAAAGUUAGGCCAACGGUAUUGAAAUCAAAAUUAAUCAAUAUAAUUAGUAGAAAAAAAGAACAACAUGAAAGCCGUCCAAGACCAGACUUCCUCCACUAACACAAUUGUUAGUGACACUUUUAAAACUACAUCAAAAUUACACAAGUAGCUGUUCUUAAAAUUAACGUUCUUGUCAGUUUAGUUAUGAGUACAAAAGUAAAGAAACUGAAGAAUCAAAUGUUAUUUACCCGAGCUAUGUCAAGACCCAAAUCAUUUUGUAAAACCUCAGACAACCAACGGUAUUCACGCUAUGGAAGUAGGAAUAACAAAGUUUUCCACUACGUAAAAGCUCUAUUAAAGCACCAUAAAUUGGUUCUUUCGUCAGUUCUUAGAAAAUGAUUAUGUAAACAGUCACCCGCAAGUUUACCAAAUACAUCACAAGUCAGGAACGUCUUGGAAUUUACGUUUUAAAUGUAUAUAAGUAGUGAUCGCGUGUCCGUUGUUUUUCACGUGCUCGUCUUCAGAGGUCUGUUGUGGGAGCAAAUGUUAAAGCUUCAGAUUAAAAGCUACAGAAUUAGGUGCAUCAAAGGUUGAAGAACGAUGUUUACUGUGUUACUCAGUUGCAUUGUUAGGCCCCACUUCUUACAACAAAAUGUAUGUAUAUUCUGGCAUGAUUUAGUGAAAUAUUUGUAAUGUUGGACUUGUACAUGUGGUAUAGUACGUAGGCUUAACGCAUACAUAUUUAGGUCAGUUGAAACUAACCUAAGUCAAACAAUAUUUAUGUUGAACGGUUCGUGGAAAUUUUUAAACAGCAGUUGGCUAUAUUUGCUUUUCAACGUGAAGUCACAUACAAUAUUGAAUGAUUUACUUGGAUAUCUUUUGACAUUAGGCUUAUUGUAACACGUCCUACGAGGAUGGUUUUUUUCAAGUGAUACAUUAACCGUAUUCCUUUAUUAUUAAUACGUAAAUUAUACAAAUAUUAUCGUGAAUAUCCAGUAUUGACAGCCAUUCUUUAAUGUGAAUUUAAUUUCGAAAACGUUUUAUAGUUUGUUUGCACUACCUCGAAUUUCUAAAAUAUUUGUUGAAUUAGAAAAUAAGUGUUCGCAUUGUAAAGCUUUGUAUAGCAUUAUAUGCUGUAAAUCUGCUUUUGCCUGAAAUAAAAAAUUAAAUCCA